GUUCCGCCACUUGAAAUGGUGAUUCGUUGAUUGAUGACUGGCUUUUUAUCUAGUCUUUGCAGGUGCUUUUAGGGAUUGAUCACCUUUUACUGGCUUCUUCAUGACAACUGGCUCACAUCUUGGAUCAACACCUGGCCUGCAUCUCAUCUCUCUCCCUCAAUGAUUCUUCUUCUACUUAUAUCAGUCCUUGACUCCUUGUUGCUUCAUUUCUUUGCUCUACUCCCUACACCAUAUAUUCAUACCCUUGAUAUUGACACUUGGGUUGCCACUUUGUUUUAAAUCUUCUUUUGCUUUCGUUUGCCCACUAAAAUUUGUGUGAUGUGAAUUAGGGUUUGAUUUGGGAUGAUUUGAAAUGAUUUCAUAUGAAAAUCUAGGCAUAGUUCAUUGCCAGCUAAAAGCCAUUAGAACAAAAGUCAUGCAAACGUGUGUAAAAUAUAAAUGUAAUUAAAAUAAAUUGAGACAAUGAUGGCUAAAACUUGUAAUGAUAGAGACCAUGAGUACCAUAAACAUAGUGUGAUUAUAGAUUACAUCUAUUGACAAAAUUGUUGAAUGGGAGGAUUCAAAUCAUUUUGAUAGACAUUAUUAACAUUUAGACUAAGUGUUUUAGUUAAUGAAUUAUUUUAAAUGAACAUAAAUACUUUGGUAUUUCUUUAUGCAAGUACAGAUCACCUCAUAAUUGAAUGGCAAGAAAAUGAUAACAACUAAGACAAGAAGCUUUGGACUUAUUGAACUAAAAAAUAAUAGUGGCAAUAAUAAUAGAGGGAUUUAUGGAAGAGACCACAAGACAAAGAAGUUAAAUGUUUGUUUUAGCUAUGUUGGGAAAAUUUUAAAAAGAAAAUUAAUAUCAAAUCAUAAAAAUGUGAAAGGAAAGAGGUGAAAUAUCAAGGAAAAUGAACUUUGGUAUGUAAGAGGCAGUGCACACCAAAAGCUGAGCCUGCUGCUAAGUACAGCUUUUGUAAAUCACUGAAUGACAUGGAGACCUCUCUCUCUCUCUCUCUCUCUCUCAAUUCUGUUGUUUUCUACUAGCAGUAAACUUUUUUUUCUUUCUUUGAUGGUACCCAUCAAGAUGCUUUAAAUACCAACCCCACAAAUGACAAAACCUCUUAUUCAAACCCAUCUAAACCAAGGUUUUUUACAGUGUACAAACAAUGGCAUCAACAAUUAAGUGAUUUUGACAGUCCAUCAUGCUGAGAAGCUAGGCCCCUACUAUUAACUUAGCCCAAUGCCUAUUUAUCAAAAAAGGAAAAUUUUUGUUUUUUUUUUUUUAUUGGUUGCUUGGAUUUCAAACUCCCAUAGGGCCAUAAGUGGGUAUUUCUGUACCAUGAAAAGUUAAAAGAAAAUGAAAAAAUAGACAACACGGUGACACACUGCCCAUUUCUAUGAGAAGGGGUGGCCAAAACCAUUAUGGUGAACUGUUUUUCAAUAACAGAAUCAUAAAUUCUAUGUCUGAAAAUCUGAAUCAUUGAUAUCAUGUCCUUGCAGCAAUAGAAAACAAACAAAAAACCAGGGAAAAUGUACUUUUUAUUUAUUAAAAAGUAUUCAACUGGAGAAGUCCAGAGAUGUAUCACAACUUUUUUCUUUUCUUUUCUAGUAGAUGAGAAGAGAUACAUCAUAGCUUAAAACUUUAAUUACUUAAUCUCUUACCUUAGGGGGAGAGAGAGAGUGUGAUAAGACCAGUCAAAUGUACAGAAGCUUUGCAUGGGGAUGAGUUAUACUUUGGGUGCCUUCUCUCUCUUCCCUCAUCUUUAUAUAAACCCGACCUCUUAGAUUGUCUCAGACCCACUUUACUUGACUGCAAGCUUUUGCCUCUCCUCCAUCAUUUUCUUGAAGGCUUCCAUUUUCAAUUUUUGAAGCUCUUAAAAUGGCAGCCUUUUCGUAUCAACACCCACCUUUUCUUCUUGACUCAGUUUUCUUGCCGAGUACUCCCAUUAAGAUGUCUGGUUUUAUGGAGGAAGGGAACACCACCACUUGUUUCUCUCAGUUUUUCCCUUCUGAAUCUCUUCAUGAGGUUCCUGCUGAUGCUAGGGUUCAUGAAAGUACGUCUCUUCAACACAGCUCAAAGGUCACUCUCAGUGACAAUGAGCCUUGUGUGACCCAGAAACUGAGCACAGACUCUUCGUCAGUGGUGGAUAGGCUUGAACUUGGUGAACAGGUCACCCAGAAGGUGGCUCCCAUAGAGAGGGAGAGGAAGAGGAAGAGCAGAGAUGGGUCUUCCUUGACUUCUGCUCAAUCGAAGGAUGCAAGAGAAGGGAAAGGAAAGAAGGCAAAGAAAGGCAGUGGUCUGGUGAAGGAUGGAGAAGAGGAGCAGCUCAAAGCAGACAAGAAGGAUCAGAAGAAAGCCUCUGAAGAGCCUCCAACCGGCUACAUUCAUGUAAGAGCAAGGAGGGGCCAAGCAACAGACAGCCACAGCCUUGCAGAGAGGGUAAGAAGAGAGAAAAUCAGUGAGAGGAUGAAGCUCUUGCAAGCACUUGUUCCUGGUUGUGACAAGGUUACUGGAAAGGCCCUUAUGUUGGAUGAAAUAAUCAACUAUGUCCAGUCCCUACAGAAUCAAGUAGAGUUCCUCUCUAUGAAGCUUGCUUCUGUGAAUCCUAUGUUCUAUGACUUUGGCAUGGACCUAGAUGCACUCAUGGUGAGGCCAGAGAGAUUGAGUGCCUUGACAUCACCACUGCCAUCUCUGCAACAAUGCAGUCCUUCCCAGCCCACAGCUUAUGCUGAUACAACCACCACCUUCACUGCAACAAAUAACUAUCCUGUUAUGGACACUUCAGCUUCAAUUUUAUUUCACCAGGGGCAAAGGCUAAAUGUCUUCUCACAGGAUAAUGGUAGUCUAUUGUGGGAUGUGGAUGAUCAAAGACAGAAGUUCAUUAAUCCAUCUGGACUCAUCAGCAACAACUUGUGUUCUUUCAAUUAAAAUAAUAAACUGAGCUGCCCUACCAACAUCUGUGUGUGUGUGAGGAGGAUUUGGAAGAGAACUUGGGAGAAAAGAAACCUUAGAAGACAUGGAAUUGUUUUGUUCUUAGGAUGAGUUCCAAUGGAGGGGGCUUCUUCUUCUCAAAAGCUAUGAUUCCAUCAUUUCCAAGUCCAGUUGUUUAAAGGAGAAGGGUAUCUGAACAAUGAAUAAAGGGGCAGCAAAAUCAAUGGAGGAAGAACAGACACAAAAGGACAGUUAUAACCGACCAAAUAAGACCAGAUCUUUUAUAGAUCCCUUGUUCCUCUCCAAUUUGACUCCCAAAGUCUCAUGCACAAAUUCCAAGAGCCUGUGGUGGAUCAACCCUAGUCCUACAAACAUUACCAUUCUAAACAAAUAUUUAUAUAUAUGUAAUGUAUGUAAAAAAAAUAAUCCCAUGUAUGUCCUUCCAUGCAUUAUAAAUUUCAUUCAUUAUGGUUCUGUUA